AUGUACAUGUCCUUCUCUCGCGCAACGUUGUUCCACCUCAUCCUCAAUCCGCUGCUGGUCCCGUCCCGCGCAUCCACCGCCCUCGCGCACAUCCCAUCGUCAUCAUCCUCCUCCCUCCACUCCAUCCAUACUCAAUCGCCCGCCCGACUCGGAGCUUUCUCGAUCUUUCAUCCUCAGUGUCCCUCUGAUCCUGCUGUCUACCGAUCCCAACAAACCAAGUCCUACGCCACCAUGUCGACCGAUUCGUCCAAAAUCCAAGAACAACAACAAGAGGAGGAACGGCACACCGAGAACAAGGACCAAACGCAUCGACCGCUCGCGCUCCCCGACGCAAGCAGCGCCGACUCCCACACCCCGAAGCUCGACGUGAGCGGCAACGGCGAUUCCACCGUGACGUUGGACCACCUGGGACCGAUGGUGGUCAACCAGGACGGCUCGCUAUCGCGGAUCACGAACUGGGCGCAGAUGACGGACAUCGAGAAGAAGAAUACUUUGCGGGUGCUGGGGAAGCGGAAUAAGCUGAGAUUGGACGCUGUGAAGGCUGCCGGAGAGGGUCAACAGGGACAAGAGUAA